AUGGGCGGCUGCGGCUCAAAAAGCCGAGUGGAGGCGACGCAGCCUAAGGCUUCGAAGGCUCCAGAACCUCUUAUCUCCAACCUGCAUUCAGAUCCAAGUGGCCAGCCCAUUGACGCUGGCGCUGGCCACAAUGCAGGUAGCGCAAAGGCCGCCAAGCAGCCUUUGCCAGCUAAGGGGGACCUUUCCAAACUCCAAGCGCCCGCGGAUGAUGUGCAGCUCGUGCUCAGCGCCGGUGACAUCCGUGACAAGUAUGAGAUCCUGGCCGUCUUGGGCAGCGGCUCCUUCGGAGAGGUGAAGGAGAUCAGGGUCAAGGCCUUUCCCGAUAAGCUACGCGCCGUGAAGAUCACUGAGCGCCAGGUUGAUGACAAGGGAGAGAAGGGGCAGAAGAAACUUGAUUCCUUGGCGAUGUUCCGGAAAGAGGUCGAACUUCUAAGAUCUUUGAAGCACCCGAACAUCGUUCGGGUUUGGGAUGUCUACGAGACAUCUCACUAUCUUUAUGUAGUAAUGGAUCUGUGCCGCGGCGGCGAGUUGUUCGAAAUGAUCAACGAGAUGGAUCGCCUCUCAGAAACCGACACCGCAGUGAUUGCAAAGCAAUUGCUGGGUGGCAUCGACUACAUGCACAGCAAGGGCGUCAUGCAUCGGGAUAUCAAAGCCGAAAAUGUGCUGCUAACCGAGUGGUCACCAACGGCAGUCGUGAAAAUCAUCGACUUCGGUAUCGCCGCGAGGUUUCAGCGUGGAGAAAUGUUCGACAAGAUCUCGGGCUCGCCUCAAUACAUGGCGCCAGAGCUUGUUGGGCAGCGCUAUGAUUACCGGGUAGAUAUGUGGGCAUUUGGCGUCCUGGUGUACUUUGCUCUCUAUGGGCGCUACCCUUUCGACGGCAACAAUGUCCGUGAGAUUCUUUUAACAGUCCUUCAUGGGACUAUUGAGUGGGACAGUGACGUAUCGAUUGAUUCAAAGACCAUUGCCUUUCUUAAAGGAUGUCUGAACAGAAAGCCAAGAAAGAGAACCACGGCGAAGGCUGCCAUGAGCCAUCCCUGGAUCAUGUCCGCGAAGAAGCCGGAUGCCGAGAAACAUCGGGAACCCACUGAGAUCAACAUCUCCAGCGACAUCCUCAAAGGGGAUCCGAAGGUUCCCGCCCCAGGCACAGACAAGAAAGCGCCAGUGGAAAAGCCAGAAGCAGUUAAAGAUGACGGAGGCAAGCGAACUGCGCUUCGCGUGCGGCAGGAUGAUCCGUCAGCAGCCGCCGGCAUUGGCCAGGAAGCCACUGGCUCUCAAGGUGCCACAGAAGAAGAAGGCCAAGUGGACUUCAUGCUAGACCCCAACCAGGCACUAGAGUUCCAGGACAUGUACUCAGAUUGGAAGCGACAGACGUCUACGGACAGUACGGCUUCCUCGGCCUCUCAAAUGUAUCCGAUGCCGAACGAGAUGGCGGAGGAAGAAGAUGAGGAUGUCAAGCAGAUGAAGGCCGAGUUGGCGGGUGAAUCAGACUUAGAAGGUCCCGAAGCCGCAGGCCUUCCUCCAAUGUCGCCACUUCGCAUAGGCGAAGGACAGAGAGGGGGCGGCAACAACCUGGCUGGUGGCCACCUGGGUGACUUCAGCAAGGUUGUCCCCGGCAUGGCUCCCUCUCCUGUGUCCAACGAGUCGGACAGGGCAGCAAACAUGCAAACCUGCCUGGAGCUUUUUGCAGACGUUAGUCAAUCCAGGACAGAUGGCGAAAUGGCAGCUUGGAGAGCCAGGCGUAUUUGCCCUCACUGGGUGCCACAUCGGGGCUUGCCAGCCCUCUCAGCCUCGGGCUGCUGGGAGGUUUUCUCGGGCGAGGCUCGAAAAGUCUCCGAGCCGAGCGUCCAAGAACAAGCGUGCACGUGCUCAGAUAGAACAGAGCGUCUUUUCGCAGUGGCGACCUGCGGAGAUCCCAGCAGAGGAGGAGGCUGCCCCGACGAGAAACGGCCGUCUCGCAUUGCUAUCGGCACAGGAGAGGGGCCCAGUAGCUUGAAGAAGUGCUUGUUCCGACAAAUGCGAGGACGGGGCGGAGGAAGACGACGAAGAGGAUGA